AUGCUGGCUACUACUAUGCUAAGAAGACCAUUACUGUAUUCACAGAGGAGAUUUUUAAAUGUAUCAAAAGUUUUGGCUAACCAGGCUGCACCUGACCCAAAAAGAUCACCUUUUAAUAUUCGUCAUUUAGGUGUUGCAUCCGAAAUGUAUAUACCUACAUCUUAUAAAAACUUACCAAGUGUAUUUUCAUCGCCUAUAAUUGUUUUAAAAUCAUUGAUUAGAAGGGUUUACACAUUCGGUGUGAACACUGCGCAAGUUUCCCUUUUUAGAGUGAAGUCGGGGAUCAAACCAAAUUUCCUUCUAUGGAAGAACAAGGCUAUCGAAUGCUAUGUGAGAAUCAAUGAGGCAUUUGUUGAAAAACGGAUUAGAGAUAUUGAGCCAGAUGUUACAAUAUGGGUUCAGGAAGCGUUAGAAACCAGAGUUAAACAAUUUCCCAAGAACUUACUUUUGACUUGGAAAUUAGUCAAAUUUAAUGAGGUUCCUAAGUUGAUGAAUGUGGUUGCUGUUAUGAUUCCAGGACAUCCUUUAGAAAUGAUUCAAUUGACAUACAAGUUCGACACGAAACAGCGGCUAAUUAAGUACAACAUGAAUACUCAGUCUGCCGAAAAACUUGAUAAAGAUGUCGUGGAAUACCUAACCUUUGUAUGUGAUGCUACCACAAACGAAGUUCUACUGUCAGGUUCUGUCUUUGAAAGUGCACCUGAUGCUAAGUUACCUACUAGAUCAUUAAACCAGGAAGAAAAUGUGCGGAUGAUGAAGAUUUGUGGUGAUAUAUACAGAAAUUCUUCAUGA